AUGCCGCACCAGUACGGCUUACCGGGCUACGGACAGGCCCCACCGAGCCCUCCCUCGCACCACGGUGGCGCCCUGCUGCCACGGCUUGGCGGUGGCGGUGGAGCCGUGAUACCGGUGGGGUCCACCAACAAUACCGGCGGCGGUGGCGGAAUGGCUCCGUCGACAGUAGCCACGGCGGGUUCUCCUAUCUUCCGCGGACAGAUCGAGGAACGCCGGCUGACACGGGAAGCGAUGGAGAAGUAUCUGCGCGAUCGCAACAACAUGGUCAUUGUCAUACUGCAUGCGAAGGUUGCACAAAAAUCGUACGGCAACGAGAAACGGUUCUUCUGUCCGCCACCCUGCAUCUAUCUGUUCGGAGAAGGCUGGCGGAUGCGCAAGGAGCAGAUGCUGCGCCGGGGCGAAAGCGAACAGUCCACCCAACUCUGUGCCUUCAUCGGGAUCGGCAGCCCGGAACAGGAGAUGCAACCGCUCGAUCUGAACAACCAGAAGCAGUACUGCGCGGCAAAGACACUGUUCAUCUCCGACUCGGACAAGCGCAAACAUUUUAUGCUCUCGGUGAAGAUGUUCUACGGCAGCGGGCACGAUAUCGGCGUGUUCCAGUCGAAGCGCAUCAAGGUGAUCUCGAAGCCCUCGAAGAAGAAGCAAUCGCUCAAGAACGCCGACCUGUGCAUUGCGAGCGGCACGAAGGUGGCACUCUUCAAUCGGUUACGAUCGCAAACCGUGUCGACGCGCUAUCUGCACGUGGAGGAUGGUCACUUUCAUGCGAGCUCCACCCAGUGGGGUGCCUUCACGAUCCACCUGCUCGACGACAACGAGAGCGAGUCGGAAGAGUUUCAGGUGCGCGAUGGGUACGUCCAUUACGGGGCGACGGUGAAGUUGGUCUGCUCGGUGACCGGGAUGGCGCUGCCGCGGCUCGUGAUACGAAAAGUGGACAAACAGAUGGCGCUACUCGAGGCGGACGAUCCCGUGUCACAGCUGCACAAGUGCGCUUUCCACAUGAAGGACACGGAGCGUAUGUAUCUCUGCCUGUCGCAGGAGAAGAUCAUUCAGUUCCAAGCGUCGCCCUGCCCGAAAGAACCGAACAAGGAGAUGAUCAACGACGGUGCCUGCUGGACGAUCAUUUCCACCGACAAGGCGGAGUACCAAUUCUACGAAGGGAUGGGCCCAGUCCGGACGCCGGUUACGCCGGUGCCAAUCGUUAACUCGCUGCACCUCAACGGUGGAGCCGAUGUGGCGAUGCUGGAGAUUACGGGUGACAACUUUACGCCCUCGCUGCAGGCCUGGUUCGGCGAUGUCGAGGCGGAAACGAUGUACCGCUGUGCGGAGUCGUUGCUGUGCGUCGUGCCAGAUAUUUCGCAGUUCCGCGGCGAAUGGUCGUGGGUUCGCCAACCAACGCAAGUGCCUAUUUCGCUGGUGCGUAAUGACGGAAUUAUCUACGCGACUGGCCUAACGUUUACCUACACGCCGGAACCGGGCCCGCGGCCGCAGUGUCCGGGUGCCGAGGAUGUGUUGCGUCGCAGCGCGAACAGCAACGCGGGCACCGUCGCCACCGGGAACAGUAACAGCAGCAGCAACAGCAACGCCAGCACCCCGACGGUGGUCAAUCAAAGUGUCCCGUCGGCUGGCGCCCUUCCGUCGAUUGCGGACGUUAGCUGGAGUUCACACGGGGCCGGGCUACCGUAA